UCAUUUUCCAAGAAGUAUGUCCGCUUCCAACAUUAGUGAUAACAGUCUCCCAGACACUCUCUUCCUGACUGGGAUCCCAGGACUGGAGGCUGCCCACUUCUGGAUUGCUAUCCCUUUCUGUGCCAUGUAUCUUAUAACACUGACUGGAAAUGCUGCACUCAUCCUGGUCAUUGGCAUGGACAAUGCCCUUCAUGCACCCAUGUACUUCUUCCUUUGCCUUCUCUCACUUACUGACCUGGCUCUCAGUUCUACCACUGUGCCCAAGAUGCUGGCCAUUUUGUGGCUCCAUGCUGGUGAGAUUUCCUUUGGUGGAUGCCUGACCCAGAUGUUCUGUGUUCAUGCUAUCUAUGCUCUGGAAUCCUCAAUUCUUCUUGCUAUGGCCUUUGAUCGAUAUGUGGCUAUCUGUAACCCAUUAAGAUACACAACCAUUCUCAACCAUACUGUCAUAGGCAAAAUUGCCCUUGGUGGGAUAUUCCGUAGUGUUGCUAUUGUCUCCCCAUUCAUCUUCUUGCUGAGAAGACUCCCCUACUGUGGUCAUCAUGUAAUGACACACACAUACUGUGAGCAUAUGGGCAUUGCUCGACUGGCCUGUGCCAAUAUCACUGUCAAUAUUGUCUAUGGGCUGACUGUGGCUCUGCUGGCCAUGGGCCUGGAUUCCAUCCUCAUUGCCAUCUCCUAUGGCUUUAUCCUCCAUGCUGUCUUUCAUCUUCCAUCCCGUCAUGCACAGCAUAAGGCUCUGAGUACCUGUGGCUCCCACCUUGGUGUUAUCCUGGUUUUCUACAUCCCUGCUUUCUUCUCAUUCCUCACCCAUCGCUUUGGUCACCGCCGAGUCCCUAAGCAUGUGCACAUCUUCCUGGCUAACCUCUAUGUACUGGUGCCUCCUGUGCUAAAUCCUGUUAUCUAUGGAGCCAGAACCAAGGAGAUUCGUAGUCGACUUCUAAGACUGCUUCAUUUGGGGAAGAUCUCAAUAUAAAUGCUAAGCAAAAGUUGGCGAUAAGAAAAAUAAGUGAGCACCAUAGCUCCCUGGAUGCAUUUAUGUGAAUGGACACCUUAUAAU